GCAGAUGCUCUCAGGGCUUUCUGCCUCUCUUCCUCGGGCUGAUGGCAGCAUCUGGAAGGGGAUUCAAGGGGAAGACUGAAGAAGUGUUUGGUGAAAGCUUGCCAGAAGCCCUCCCCUGGUCUUCUCCCCCAGCCAGCAGAGCUCCUUCUCCCCUCAGGCCUUUGACUGCUGAGUCUGAGCACUGUGGGUCACAAGGCUCAGAGGUCUCUGAGUGCUGCUGCUUCCCCCUCGGCCACUGCCCCAAAGGCAGCCACAGCCCCACAGGGUCACCUGCACACAGCUGCCCAUGGCCCUGCUGCUGUGCCCUGUCAUGGCAGGAGGCAGAGGUGGGGCUGUGCCCACCUGGGGUUUGGCUCAGUCUUGCUGAACAGCAGCCCUGUGCCAGCUGUGUGCACAGGGGCCAUCAGCGUGGCACAGCAAGGGCUUGGGGCUGCAGAGGAGUCUUAGGGUGUGCAAGGGUGCCCAGGGCUGAUGGGGGCCAGAGAGUGACCCAGAGGUAGCCCAGAGACCUCCCCCUUCUCUUGGCAGUGCCUCAGGGGAGGCUCUUGAAGCCUGGCUCCAGGUCUGUGAGUAGGAAGGACUUGGCCAGGCCAGGAAGGGCCUCCCUGUGGGGACAAACACAGGUGCUGGGGGCCCAGUCAGGGUGCUGGGGGGCAGGCAGCUCCCCUGCCCGCAGGCAUCCAAGUGCCCAGGGUCAGCCACAGCAGCAGCUGUGCUCUGGGCACCUGGCCCUGCUGCCCACCCCUGCAAGGUGAGGCAGCAGACCCAGCUGGGGCAGCCAAAGGUCCCUGUAGUGCCAAGCAGCAAGGAGAGACCCCCAGAGCUCGGCAGUCCCAGGGCAGCCCAGUUGCAAAACAUGCCCCAGUUGCUCAAGAGCAAAUGAAGUCAUUUCCUGGUCAAGUGACCAGAGCCAAGAAAGAGAACCAGAAAUCCCCUGGCACCAAGGGACUGGCACGUUCUGGUUCCAGUUCGACCAGCCCAGCCCUGCAGGAACCAAAGCCGUGGGGCAGGAGGUGACCUGUGCCAGGGAGGGCAUAGCAGGUGCCAGAAGCACCCACCCAGGCUGCUCUGCCCCUGGCAUAAGCCCUGCUCUGAAGGAGCUCUGCCUGGGCUGAGGCCAGAGGGCACUGAGGGGGACACGAUGCUGCUGGUGGCACAGGUGCUGGCCUUUGGGGCUUGCCUGGUGACACAGAGUAAGGCUGCACCAAGUGCCCCCUCAGUCUCCAUCUUCCUGAAGCCCCCUGGGGUCAUCUCACCAGGAGGCUCCACCACCAUCUGCUGCAGCUGCCAGUGUGCCAAUGGGCACUUUGUGCUGUACAAGAAUGGGCACCGGCUCCGUGCCCUGGAGCUGCCUGGCAGCAGGGCUGAGUUCACCCUCUCCAAUGCCAGCUGGGGGGAUGCAGGUGUCUACAGCUGCCAGUACCUGGCUGGAGGCAGCCUGCUGGCUCUCAGCGAAGGCCUGGAUGUGGUGGUACAAGAGCUGCUGCUCCCCGCCCCUGCCCUGUCGGUGCUGCCCGGGCCGGAGGUGGGUGCCGGAGCCGCGGUGGCUCUGCGCUGCAGCGCUGCGCUGCCCGGUGCCCGCUGCCUGCUCUACCGGGAGGGGCAGAGGCGAGCCCUGGAUGUGCUCUCCCAGCACCAGGAGGCUUUCAGCAUCUCCCACGCGCGGGAAGGUGAUGGAGGCCGCUACAGCUGCCAGUGCUUCACCCAGGCUGCUGCCAUCUUCAACUGGUCUGCCGCCAGCCAGCCCCUGGAGCUGGUGGUGAGAGAUUACACCUGGAGCAACAUAGUGCACCUGGCCCUGGGGGCAGGGGUCCUGGCGCUGCUGGGGCUGAUCCUGGCCGAGGCCACCCACAGCAGCUGGCGGGAGCGGCACCAGCCCUGCCCGUGACUGGCACCAGGAGGGCACCCCCGGCACUCCAGCGCCUCGCCGCGGGACCGUCUGGCUGCCCCCGGGCCUCACCGCAGGGCUCGGAGGGCUUUGGGGUACAGCACAGCAGGACCUCCGGGCAGGGAAACUCGAUACAGAGAGGAACUUUUUCUAUAGAUCCGCCCUUGAAACCUCUGUGGGGU